UCACGAAGAAUGAUGAGAGGAAAACCAGCGGCUCCAAGCCUUGGAAGCAGCUCUAAUGGCGUUUAGGGUUUCUUUCGCUCCAAAAGCAAACCCUAGGGCUUUUGGCCCAUUUAGAAAUCACCAGCGAUCGACCGGCCCAGCAAAAGGCUUGAUGACAUCGAGCCAAACCCAAGCCUUCAACGCUAACCCACCCGUGGCUCGACGGCAAAUUCAUUGAAACCCCCUCGAUCUCUCCGCACCUGCGACGAACCGGUCGCAGCGCCUCGGUCUCAUCGAAACCUCUUUCAUUUAAGGAGUGGGGCGGCCUCCGAUCGAUCCAGACGCGAACCCCGCGCAUCCUCCUCCUGCAGGUGAGAGAUCGCGUCAUCCUGAUGUGAUUCUCAUGGUUUCUUUGGUCUUGUAUCUGGCAUUUCUGCCGUCGAUGAUGAGAUAUGGCCGCCGAUCUCUUUCUCUUAGGAAGUAUGUUGUACUGAAACUCCAAGAUCGAGCACAAGGGACGAGAUGAAAUCUUACCCGUGGUGGUGUCUAUGCGAGGAAUCAUACAGUGAACUGGAGUUUACAUCUCAUUCUAAGCUCAAAUAGUGGAAUGCUUCGCUCUUGAAUGACUUGGUUUCUUGUUCUGCUUUUUUCUUCAAUGCAUGCGGAGUUUGUCGAUUCUUUCAUGAACUGCAUUUAUUAGUUGUGUUUAGGCAACAUGAUGUGCGUUUUCACCGGAUUACGUGCGGUUGUCUAUUGAUUGAUACAUGGAAUUCGUAGCUUACUUAAUACCUGAACUAAUUGACUUUAUCUUUCUAAGAUGCUAAUGUGGAGUUGAGCUUUCCUGUGAUUCGGAAUGUUGGAUAUAAGCUGUUUGUAUGUUUUUCAGACUUGUUCGUUGGAUCAAAUUAGGGUAUCUGAAGCCAAAUCACUGGGUUCUGUCAUGGUUCAUCCAGGUUUAUCUGACUUGUGAAGAACAAUGGGGGCAUCCGCAGCUGCUGGCUUGCAAGCUGUGGUAGCACGGCCUUACAUCAUUUCUCCUACACGAAUGUUCACAUCGACGACAACAAUUUCUGGGUUCAACCUGAAAGUAGCCAAACAAGGAUUAACAAACUCAUCUGGCAUCUUCUCUCGCCAAUCUCUAUGUGAGAGAUAUCCGUCAGCCUCCUCAAAGAACUGCAGAGUUGUUACUAGGGCAAUGUCUGGGGAAACUGAGAAAGGGACUGCAUAUGGGUUGCCUAUUGAUCUAAGAGGUAAGAGAGCAUUUAUUGCUGGAGUGGCUGAUGACAAUGGCUAUGGUUGGGCAAUUGCAAAGGCUCUUGCUGCUGCUGGGGCUGAAAUUAUCGUUGGUACAUGGGUGCCUGCACUAAACAUUUUUGAGACAAGCUUAAGGCGUGGAAAAUUUGACGAGUCACGUCGAUUGCCAAAUGGUUCACUUAUGGAGAUCUCCAAAAUAUAUCCUCUUGAUGCUAUUUAUGAUACACCUGAGGAUGUUCCAGAAGAUGUCAAGACAAAUAAACGUUAUGCAGGAUGUUCAAACUGGACUGUUAAGGAAGUUGCUGAAUCUGUGAAGAAUGAUUUUGGCAGCAUUGACAUUCUUGUGCAUUCUCUUGCCAAUGGCCCGGAGGUAACCAAGUCACUGUUGGAGACAUCUAGAAGAGGAUACCUUGCUGCGAUCUCAGCAUCAAGUUACUCUUUUGUUUCAUUGCUCCAGCAUUUCCUCCCAAUAAUGAAUUCAGGGGGUGCUUCAAUAUCUCUAACAUACAUUGCCUCUGAAAGAACUAUCCCAGGAUAUGGUGGUGGAAUGAGUUCAGCAAAAGCAGCCUUGGAGAGUGAUACCAGAGUGCUGGCUUUUGAAGCUGGAAGAAAAGGCCAAAUUAGAGUCAAUACAAUAUCUGCAGGGCCAUUGGGAAGUCGAGCUGCAAAAGCUAUUGGAUUCAUUGAAAAGAUGAUAGAUUAUUCAUACUCUAAUGCACCUCUGCAGAAAGAAUUGCUCGCAGAUGAAGUUGGCAACACGGCAGCUUUCUUGGUAUCCCCACUAGCUUCAGCAGUGACAGGUUCUGUUGUGUAUGUGGACAAUGGUCUGAACACCAUGGGAUUCGCAAUCGAUAGCUCAACGCUAGCAACAUAAUCGUAGGGAUAAAAAAGAAUAGAGGUUUCGACUUUUGUUUCUUUUGCGGCUUUGUCACCAUUGAAUAAAGAGUGGGAUUGUCUUGGUGCAUUUAGGGUUCAAGUCAUUUUACUUGGCACUUGCUAGUGGAGUAAUUAAAAAGUCAAACGUGUUCAAACUAUUUUUAGUCUAAUUUAUGAUGUUAGUAUGCUUGUUUUCUACA